CGUGGUGUGUGGGGCUGUGAAGUGUGAACUAUGAAGCUUCAAGGUCAGGACCGUUAAGAGCGUCGCAGCGGCCAUGAGAAUCGGAAUUUAUUCCGGCAAUCUUCAGGUCUUUUCAAAACUGAAACCCUGGAAUGAAGAGUUCGUGGGAAAAUUGCUCAGCAGGAAAUGGACUUUGCUCAGCCCUGAAACAAAAGUACACCAAGUAAUACAGAGAGACAAAUCACAUGAUUGUAGUAUCUUUUUACACACUAAUCCAUCUUUCAAUGAUGACUCAAGGGAGAUGUAUGAAGAAGAUCGAUACAUCUAUGUCGUGCGGGAUGAUUUGUUGCACCCAUUAAUAAAUGGCAAUAAAGCAAGAAAACUAGAUGGAGUACUUCCUCUGCUUGAAGAUUGUUUCGUGACAGAUGUGGUCACAUGUGGAGGCUGUCAGAGUGCUCACACAGCUGCUGUAGCUGCUCUGUGUGCUGAGAGAGGAAUCAAAUCACAUUUGCUUUUACGAGGAGAGCAACCUGAAAUCUUGACUGGCUAUAACUUGAUGUCUACAAUAUAUGGAAAUGUGACAUAUGUUCCGAGAUCUAUUUAUGCCAACCGUGAAGAGAUGCUGAAGAGCCAUGCCAAGUUGGUGGCUGGUAAAGAUGAUUCUGUAGUAUGGUUUGGUGAUAUCGUUGAAGCUUCAACAGCUGGAUUGUCUACUUCUCCAACAUUAGCAGGAAAGGAUGCAAGUAGAAAUGCUGGAAACAAUCUGAGAAAGAUUUUAAUAAUUAAUGAAGGUGCAGCUGAUUCUGUAGCUCUACUAGGUGUUAUUCGGCUAGUGCAAUACUUGUCAGGUAAUCAUUUACUUGGAAGAAGGGCCUUGAAAUUUGUUGUAGAUGCUGGCACUGGGACAACAGCUAUUGGUUUAGGACUUGCUGCCCUAUGUUUGGGACUCCCAUGGGAGGUCUAUGCAGUCAUGCUGGCUGAGACAAUUGAUGUAUACCGAGAAAAGGAAGAGCGAUUAAUUUCUGAAUUUAAGAAGCAUUUUAAUGUUCCGUUUAUUGAUCACAUUGUGAACAAAGAGGAUUCCAGAGUUGUGCGCUGGGUGGAACGAUCCCGUCCAAGAAAAUUUGGAAGAGUUUUGGAAGGGGAAAUAGAAGCAUGCCAGCAAAUUGCACAACAAACUGGGAUUCUGGUGGAUCCUGUAUACACUCUGGCUGCUUGGGAAAUGGCUACGUGUCUGUGUAACGAAGAAGCUAAGGGAGGUUCAGAGGUGGUGAUGCUUCACACUGGAGGCUCUUUGGGCAUGUUUGGGUUAGCUCAGAGGCAUAAAAACUGCUUUGGCACCCUCAGAAAGGACUCAGCUUUCAUUAACAGAUGACCAACGUUCAUGUAGUGUUGUUGAAGCCUGAUGUUCCUCUCCUAUUAUUUUUGACUGUUGUUACAGUUUAAUAUUGGAUGAUUAACUUUAUCCU